UACGCCGCGCGGAUAUCCUCGAUAUAGCGCCACUCCGGAUGUUCUCGGCUGUGCGCAAACUGUCAGUGAGUUGAGAAAGCCCAGGGUUCGCGGGCGUCGCAAAAAGGGAAAAGAAACGAGAGCUGCGAGCGAGUUGUCCGCGAUUAACUUGCACGCGGAGACGCAUCGAAAUCUCUUGUGGGAUCGUUUCGCGCAGGGAGGAUCGAGGGAGACAGAUCGGAAUCGCGUGGAAAUACAGGAAGCAUUAAUUCUGUCUCAAAGGCGAGAAAGAAGAAGAGGGACAAAAAACUGCACGAUUAAACGCGACAAUAUGGUGCACGUCGUACUAUCUUCUUCCAAAGUCGCGAACGUCAUCGGUUGACAUUCGCGGGAAAUGACGGGAGCGUGACUCUCGGUUCUUCACGCUGGUUAGCUAUCUUCUGCGAAGAUGCUUACUUCGAAGAACGCUGUGCCGCUUAGACUUUUUUUCCAAAUCAUUUCGUUCUAGCUGCUGCAGGUGUCCCACGACGCGUCGAUUCGUCAAAGACCUCUCGUACAUCUCACGGAAAAUUUUGCAUGUGUAUGUGUGUGUGUGAGUGUGUCACGAGUUCAGGGUAGAGCGUAUCGUUUCCUUUUUCAAGCUCACCCCGGCAAACACGUGCAGAUAUUACCCGCACGCAGUCGAAUCGAUAGCCGCGACUGGGGACGAGAAGAAACGGGUUGAGAGAACGCAAGGGGAGGACGGAGUGCAUCUGAACGAGAGUGGUCCACGCCGAUUGAUUCCGUUGACGCACGGGGUUCGGCAGCAAUCCUGGCCACCUUGAACGGAAGCGGUGGGCGUACUGUAUCCGUACGUGAGAAAACGCAGCGAAAACAAGGGACCAAGCGUACCGUGCGCAUACGUAUCUCCUGUCCGAGGUGCACGUGAGCCACGUUAGCACGUGCGCACCUUGGCGGUCACGCAAGUUUCUCGGGUUCUUUCAGCCGGAGUAACGGACUGCUAUUUCUCAAAGAAUACAUUUUCACGUGCACGAGUAUCAUUAGAUGAAAUUACUUCAUGGAGAGUCGUGUUUCCAUGAAAGAUGUUUUAAAUUAAUAUUAAUGUUUUAACCGACUCCCUAGUAAGGGGCCUAAAUCUAAGAUCAAAACGUUGUGAAUAAAAUUAAUUAUUAAAUACAAUUUGCCAGCUUGUCGACUAAAUUCUAAUUAUUUAUUAUUUUUUUAUCACUGACGACUGUAAGUAAGACUACAUUGCUGAAUUGCUCCAGUUUGAAUAAUUUGAUUUGAAGAGAAAAAAAGAAAUAAAAUUUCAAGACAAAGAAGUGAAGUGUGACACAUUGAGAGGAUUGUUGAAUCAGAGCCCGCGACAACGAGACGUUUCUUCAAUUUCGAUAACGAGAAAAGAAAGACUUUGAAGCCAAGCAAAGAAUAGUGGUCGAAACGAAGAAGAGGAAAAGUUUGAAGGCAAAGUGCGUUGAGAGAAUAGCUCGUCGGAAAAUCAAGAGAAAUCCACUUGAACGAGAUUAAUCAAGGAGUGGACUUCCGUGAAGAAAAAGAGAAAGAGAAAGGAAGCCGAGAGGCAAUAUCGCGAAAAGUGCUGCGUCCGCACAUCGGGGGCACCGCUGAUAUCACCGUUCCACUCGUUCGCUCAGGGCGCUCUCCUCGGAUCAAAGGGAGAGAGAGAGAGAGAGAGAGAGAGAGAGGAGAUCGAGGAGAGAUCCCUCUCCCACUCUCCCGCUUCUGCAUCGACGAGGCGGGUUGCCGGGUACCGGCGUGCUGCGCGCGAUGGCAGUGCGCUAAGUGAGCGAGAGUGCGGACGACGACGCGAGCGCGCCAGCUAGCACAGUGCAGGUCGGAGUCGACAUGGCAGCAGAUUACGACGAGUGAUCCCGCCACGACUGUGGGUGGAUUGCGGAGGGCCGGAAGGAGUGAGAGAGCGUGGCCGAUAGACUGACAGAGAGAGAGAAAGAGAGUCACGAAGGGAAACACGAACGCGGGCACGAUACGGAGAGCGGAGAGUGUGCUCCAGCGGCUGGACAAAGUCGCUCCUCGCGCUCGAGGAGAGCGGGCGUCGCGAGUGGCCGCGCCGCGCCGCGUCGCGUCGCCUCGCCUCGCUUCGCUUCGCGUUGCGUGCCGCGAGUCGCGCGUUGGGCGCGCUCGAAAAUAGAACGCGGUUGCGACCGCGAUCGCAGAAAGAACGAGCGGUGGAAAGAGAAGAGGAGAAGCGACAACGAGGGAGAAGGAGGAGGAACAGGAGUGAGAAAAAGAGAGAGAGAGAGAGAAAGACGAGAGUGACUGACGGUUUAAGGCGGUCGUAGAAUGUCGCGAGUGUCGCUCAACAAGUCGCAGUACGGUUCGCGUCGCGUCCGCAAAAUUAGCUCGACGGAGAGCGAAUACUCAGUGGAAGAACAAGCAAGGUUAACGGGGAAUGAUGGACCGGGUGGCGAUGAAGCUUCGCCGGAAGAUGAGGGAGGUUCGCUCUGCGAGUACCACGAUAUACCACCACCGCCGGACGGUGGAUAUGGCUGGGUGGUGGUAUUCGCAUCUUUCAUGUGUAACAUGAUAGUGGACGGCAUUGCCUACACGUUCGGUGUCUUUCUGGGAGAAUUCGUUAAGUACUUUGGGGAAGGAAAGGGCAAGACCGCCUGGGUUGGCUCAUUGCUGUCUGGAAUGUACCUCAGCGCUGGCCCUGUUGUCAGUGCUUUAACGAAUAAAUAUGGCUGUAGAGCAGUAUGUAUGGCAGGAAGUUUCUUAGGUGCCGCUGCGUUUGUACUUUCGACGUUUUCGAGCAGUGUAAAUAUGCUUAUGAUGACUUAUGGUAUUAUGGGAGGAAUUGGAUUCGGUUUGAUAUAUCUACCUGCAGUAGUUUGCGUAGGCUAUUAUUUUGAAACCAAGAGAUCCCUAGCCACCGGCAUCGCUGUAUGUGGAUCGGGAUUCGGUACGUUUGCGUUCGCGCCUCUCGCAACCAUGUUGCUGGAGGCAUAUAGCUGGAAGGGAGCAAACUUAAUUCUGGCUGGCCUCAUCUUAAAUUGCGCAGUAUUCGGUGCCAUGAUGAGACCACUGGAAUAUCCAAAAGCUUCCUCCGUUAAGCCAUUGCUACAAAGAAUGGCCGAGGAGAAGAGAUUUCAAAUGGAACGUGGUAGUAUCGGUGGCUCUUAUUUUAUGGUGCAGUUACCGGACGGAUCCAUGGAAAAGAGGAUGAAAAUGCCCAUUAAUAUUGAUCCCGGUGUUCAUUCCAGCUUCAAUUUAGACCAAUUAGUGCCUGGAACUCCUUUAACACCAGUUCCGACGGUGCCAACCCUUCCCACCAUAUCCGAAGUGAAGGUACAAGAGCACUCCUCUAGUGGACAUACUAGUGAUAGCGGCAGUAUGGAUUUAAAGAAUAUUUCCAACAAGAUCAAGAGCAAGAAAAGUAUCGAUGAAACCAAAGACACGAAGGACACGGAGAAGCCCGAGAAUGAGUUUAAUAAGACGAUAAUCCCCAGAAAUGCGUCACAGCCGGCUUUCACGACUCACGUUCAAGGUUUGCCUAAAAACGGCUCCGUGCCGUUCUUCGACAGAAUCCGUAAAACAAGUACCAGCGAACGCUACAAGCCUAGCCUUAGUGCAAUAAAGAAUUCUAGGACAACGCUUAAUUCUAACGGAGAUAUCAGAAAGAGCUUGCAUCUGAAACUUUCCACAAGCAGCAUGUUGGGAUCGCGAAAUAAUAAUGCUGAGGUUGACGAUGGUGAGAGUAUUACUUUCACUACUAGUAAAGCUAGUAUGGCGGAGAAACCAAAGGAGAAACCAAUGAUGGUCCGUCCCUUGUCAAGAAAGGAUAUUUUCUACAGUGGUAGCGUAGUCAAUUUACCAGAAUACCAAAGCCAGAAAUCCCUCGCCAAUUACCGUCAGAGUGUUAUGUCUAUUCCAAAAUCUGUACGUGGUGACUUGAAAGACAUUGAUAUCGAAAAAGCGCAACAACAACCUUUAUGUCCUUGCUUGGUAUUACCUGAUUCUUUUAAGGAAGCUUUAGCGACGAUGAUGGAUAUGUCUUUAUUGAAAGAUCCUGUUUUCCUCCUAAUUGGUAUUAGCAAUGUGUUUGGUAUGGCUGGACUGUAUGUACCUUUUGUAUAUCUGGUGGAUGCCGCGGUCUUAGAUGGAAUUGAAAGCAACUCUGCGUCAUUCUUAUUAUCUAUUAUUGGAAUAACGAACACGAUCGGUCGUGUGGCUUGUGGAUAUGUCGCCGAUUUUCCACAAGUUGAUUCUUUGUUGCUAAACAAUAUAUGCUUAAUUAUAUCUACAAUCGCAGUAGCCGCUACGCCAUUUUGCCAUAGCUAUGCCGCUUAUAUCAUUAUGAGCAUAUUUUUUGGGAUAGCAAUAUCUGGAUAUAUCUCAUUAACAUCGAUCAUCUUGGUGGACCUUUUGGGAUUAGACAAGUUAACGAACGCUUUCGGCCUUUUAAUUCUAUUCAGAGGGGCUGCCGCUAUAGUUGGCUCACCCUUAGCGGGAGCUGUUUACGAUGCGACGCAAAGUUAUAGCAUACCGUUCUUCAUGGCAGGGUUCUUCUUCCUUGUAAGCACUGUUACUAGUUUCAUAGCCCCUGCUAUGAAACGGUGUACCACACCGCAGACUCAACCUGUGAUAUUAGAUACAUUGACUCCAAUUGACGAAGAUAUUGAAGAAGAGAACGAGGAGGAUAUACCGGAGAUUGUAGAAACUGCGCCGUCACCCUUAGAGCCACCCGAGAAAGAGAUCAAGCAAAUAGAGUCUGUUUUAUAAGUACUUCUGAUCUUUUGUAAACGGAUUAUAAAAAUCGCCUUCACUCCGAGCCACACUGUGAUAGGGCUGCUACUUUUAAAGUCUUAAAAAAAGGUACUUCUUUGUUACAAACUUAAUCGAUAAAGCACAAAUUAGUGGCAUACCUGAUGGAAUUUUUAUCGUACUUACAUUUAGAUUUAUACCAUUGUAUGUUUUGUCAGACGUUUUUUUAUCGAAGCGAAUAAACGAUAUAUACACGCGAAAAUGCCAUCAGGUACAGAUACUUAUUGUUAGUUGCCUAUAUGUAAUAGUGAAUGAUAGAUAGAACGUUUUAUUAACCUAAUCAGUAUCGAUCAAGCAGUAUAUAUAUAGAGAAAGAAAAAAAUAUUAAACUAAAAAAAUGCUCUCGCACGUGCAUAUCGAGUAAUCUUGUAUAAAUUAUUAAUCUGCAUUGUAGAAAUACUGUAUAAUUUGAUAAUUAUAUAGUAUGCAAGCAUACAAGGAUCGGUCAAAGUAUCGCUGAUUGGGCGCUCGUUUUAAUCAUGACGCUUAACGAUGUAUAGAUGAAUAGUAACCAAUUUAUCUAUGCACUCCACUUUAUUAAUUGUAACAUAUUUCACGAAAAUCGUGCACACAAAACAACGACGACGUUUUUUUCUGAUCAACGUACGAUUGACCAUCCUUGAUCGAGAAGAUCCCACCAAUGACCUAUCAUGUUAGUUAAAUCUAUUUUUGGCCACAUCCAAAGAUACAACUCAAAUUAUAUUCACGAUUGAGAGAUAUUUUCUUGCAUACUUGCGACAAAUGUAUAUAUAUAUAUAUAAAUAUAUACACACAUAUAAGUGAAAGGAAUGAAUUAUUAAUUUACAUGCAACAAAUAUAUCGCUGUUGCACAGAAAUUGUAAAUAAUUUAUAGAGUUACAAAUAUAUAUUUAUAUUUACAUAUAUAUAAAUAUAUAUAUGUAACGAACUCUAGAAAUAAGCUAACGAGCUUUAGAAUUAAGCUAAGAAUAAAAAGCUCAUAAUUACGAAGUUAUGGGUUUCCUGCACGCUGGAGUCUCGCUGUGAGACCUCGCGUAAUCAAUGUAUUCAUCAAAGGAUAAUUAACGCAUUGUUAGAUAGACUAAUUAAUAUAUUAAUUAUCCAAAACAGAAAAUUCUUAUUGAUGUGUAAAGAAACGCGUCUCGUCUGCUACAGUUAGCUCGUGUAAGACGGUUUAUAAGCGUUUAGUUGAUGAAAUUGACUGUGUCGUGCAGGAUAGUACUUAGGAAGCACGUUAAUGCAAAAGUAAUUUCGAAUCGACGAAUAUGUCCCGCGCGAUGCCAAGAGCAAGCGAUUUGCGAGCGUUUCAGGUAUGUGUAUGUGUUUGUGUGUGUGUGUGUGUGUGUGUGUGUGUGUGUGUGUGCGCGCGCGCGUGUGUAUGAAACUAGUUACUGUAACUAAUUUCAUUAUGGCGGUCACUAUUGGAUCGAUGUAAUUAGCGUUUGCGAAAAAGAAUAUACGCCUACAGAUGUACACGCAACAAAAAUAAUUAUAUAUGUAUUAUUACAUAUGUAAAUCUAUAUGUACACUUGUAGACCGAGGAGCUCAUUGUAAAUCGUAUUGAGUGGCAAAUGCACGCGUUCUACCGCGUACAUUGUAUAUAGGACGUCGUAACGAUUACGAUUAAUUAAAUUACCAUCGCGCGCGGUUGUUGGUAAAAAGAAAUGAAAAAAAUUAAGAAGGAAAAGAAUAGGAAUUGUUGCUAUAUCGAUAAUGAAAACCAACAGUGCUAUUACACUAUUCGCCACCGCUGCUCUGCUAUCGCUAUUACUACCUAUCACGAUUACAAUAUUACUGUAGUACAAUUUACGUGAACGCACGUUACUUACAUUUCGUUUUACAAUCGUGUAGGGAAGAAGAAGAAGAAGAAGAAAAGUAGAAGAAACAAAGGAAGAAGAGUAAGAAGCUGUGCGUGGUCUCAAUCCAACGGGACUGUGGCAUAUGUUGAUACGCAUGUACGGCCACCUGCGAAAGUCGCGUGUAUACACGCGUGCACGCGCACUGCGACGAAAAUCCCGUGCAGAGAGUAAUACUAUAUAUUAUUAGAUUAUAUAAAUAGCGUCGACGCGCGCGCGCGCGUGCUCGCGUGACAUUUUGCACGCGCACAUUCGAUAUGUAGGCGGAACGAAUUCUACGUGCAUUAGAUGUACAGUAGCAUGUGUGCAACGUGCGCUCAAUGCGCGUACAUGUCUACGCUCACGCGCAGAGAAAUAUUGUGGCGAUGCAACCAGGAAGAUAUGUAUUUAUCAUUGAAUAUCGAUAUUAUUAAAUAUUAUUAAAUAUUAUUAUAAUAUUAAGUAUCGAUAUUCCGACCCACACUGACAAUUGAAAGCGAAUUGAAUUGAUAAUCUUAGAAAGAUUGUUACUCCAAAAUCUUUAUUUCUCGGGGUAUAAAAUAGGUACUCGCUGAAGAGAAUUAAAAGGAUCGUAAGGGAUUGAAAGGGCGUUUUCUUAGCUUAUACCGUUGUUAAGUUGUACAGAUGGCUGAAACGGCGUCUUUUUUAUACUUGAAUGCGUGUCUGUAAAGCGCUACGUACAGUGAGCACAGAUUUUUGACAUUUUUGGAGUAAAACUUUUUCUAAAAUUUCACGAUUCGAUUAAGAGAUCAAUGAAGAAUUUAUGAACACGAUUUGGCCAUUGAGACAUGCUGUAAUUGCAUUAAUUUUCAAGUACUCUAAAAAUCGAUUUCGAACACCACAUUGAGAUCUAAUAGAUGUGGCGAACUCUAUCGCCUGUCAGAAUUUUUUUUUUUUUAAUUAGGAUUAAGAGAAUGUGAUGACGUGUGUGAAAAUGAUCGACUCGUAAUCAAUAGGUUUCGGAUUCGAUCGCGAACUUCACCUUGCAUAUAUUUUUCGACCAGAGAUCUAGGGUUGUACCGGACCUAAGGGACUAGAGCUAUAUUAAGGCCUAUAAGGAACUAGGACUGUAUAAGUCUAAGAACCUGAGGCUGUGCCAAGUCUAAAAAAAAUUUAGAGACUAUAUUAAGCUCAGGGCUUGUAUUAAGCCUAAGAAAAAAUAAGUUGAGCAGUAAGUCCGGUACAUAUCACUAGGUUAGGACUGACAACUUAACGGAAUUCACAAAGAAAUUCUUUAGAUUUAGAUAACGUCUAGGAACUGAUAUAGUCUCACCCGCUUCCAUUACUAAUACCACUAUUAUAGCAGUAAGAGAAAUUAUAAAAAAUUCCUUACAAAAAAAUAAGAAAUUUCUUACUUCUUUUAUAUUACAUUUAGAAAUGCUUUGUCUGCUCAAAAACCUCUCAUAUUUUUUCCAUAUCUUCUUACAUUAGACGUAGAAGAAACAAUAAGAAAUUUUUGAGUAAACGAAGCAUUGAUUUUGCAACAUGAAAGAAGAUGGAAGAGAUAGGAAGAUAUAAUAGAUUUUUGAAUAAACAAAGCAUUAAUUUUUGAUAAAGUUUCGAUUGAAGUUUUGAAAACCUCAUCUAUUAAGAGCUACGAUGGAUUUUAAUCAAGUUCAUGAAAGGAAAACGCUACAGGGUAUCUUUUACAGAGGAUUAUGCUUUUCUGAACACAUUUUCGGUAAAAGGGUACUUUUUUUUAUUGGAUCCUAAAUGUGGUGUUCCAAAGUCAAACUAGAGCGUCCUCAGUAGGUAGAGCGUUUAUGCGCGAAAACGUAAUGUCGUUACGGGUGCUAAUUAAUUGAUGUUACGAAUACAGUUCACGCGCAAUAAUAUAUGAUCGAGCGAAUUAUUUAUCGAAAUAUUCGCGACGACGUUGGCCCGCGAUACACAUUAUUGCUACGAUACAUACUGCCGCACUAUUCUCUCCGCGUGCGAGCGUGAAAAAGGACGCGCAUGCCCUACUCCGUGCAUAUGUUAAACAUAUGAUAUGGUACAAAAAAAGGACAAAUGUAUUAGGUGACGUUUAUCGAAAAUUGAAGAGAAAAUUAUGAAUUUUUAUUACUGAAAAAAUA